GAAUUGGUGAGGCGUAUGGAGGAACGUGAACCGAACCUGGUGGCGAACACAACGCACAGUAUCAGUCGGCGUGGUGUACGGAGAUCUGAACUGGAUGAUGUUGAGCUGAGAAAUAUUUUGGGUGAUUUGUUACCAUUGGUACGGAUCGAUUAUAUUCUCCCACCGUUUCAUCAGAGUUUGAACAGCGCCUAUAAACGCGGUCUGCUGGAUCGUGCACCGAAUUCGGAUCUGCUGGGGCAACGAUACCCGGAUAGCCGAUCACCAGACGUGAAUCCGGAUGCACACUGGUUUGAUCAUGGUGUACCGAGGCGACAUCCGGCUGGACCAAGGCUUCUGUUGCCUUACAUCUCGGAAACUCAUAAUCAGCUGCGCCGUAUGUGCGGCAAUGGUGCAGACGUUCUGGCGGACUAUAGACGGGGUGUGAUGGGUGAACAAGAGCACCGUACGCGGUUUGUAUCGAACGGUUUGUGGGGACACGUCGUAAACCUCACUCCUGAGGUACUUUCUGAAGCCACGAGAACAUUGGUUGAGAAACGAAUCAAUGAAACGUUGCGGAGUGAUAACUUGGUCAGGAAAGCAUUUUGUUGUGGUUGCGCACAUCAUCGUCAUAUGGCUAUAGAGCAGGUAAGAUUGCGGAUUCUGCGAGAACUGGGUCUGAACGACUCAUGUAUGGACGUUAUUCUGCCCGUAGCGACAAGCUCAACUCAGACAGGUNAGAUGAUUUGA